AUGUGUCAGAAGAACCUGAGCAUCCGUUUUACAAACAAGAGCACUGCCAUACAGAGAGUGGAGAGCAUCACACCAUCAAGAGAGUGUUUAAAUGAAUCCAGAUCUCCAACCAUCCAAGAGCCAACCUGUGAGCCCUCUCCUAAGAGACCCAGGGGAAGACCGAAAGGCAGCAAAAACAAGAGUCCUUCCAAAGCAGCUCAGAAGAAAGCAGAGGCCAUUGGAGAAAAACGGCCAAGAGGCAGACCUAGGAAAUGGCCACAACAAGUCGUUCAGAAGAAGCCUGCUCAGGGAGGGAUUGAGUUUGGAAAAUGCACCAGGUGCCAUGAAUCGCAAAGUGCAAGUCUUUCCCAUAAUUCUUAUGGGCAGGAACUCAUCCCCGCCAGUCUAACCGUGAAGACGACUGCUGUGUUAACAUUGACUCUCUUUAAAUUCCCAACUGCAGAAAACAAGGCUUACUAG